AUGGAAUGCGUUCCUACACCUACCCUGACGGGGUCUGUAAUUGAAGUUACUGCAGUGGGGGAUCCGGCAGAAAAUGGGAUCUUGGUAUUCCUGUCUCCGGACAUGGAGACCAGCCUGAAGUCUGCCAUGGGUAGCAGCUGCGCGACAAGAGUCGAUACGGGGUGCUACCAAGCCGUUAUGAACGUCCUUGAAAGCGCCAACAAGGUUCUUCAAUCCCGCAGCCUGGAGGAACGCGCUCUAGAGCCUUGUAACCCGCUUCUGCUAUAUGGCGGCGGUGUCUUGAUUGCUGGCUUGUUAUUUCCGCAUGUCUACGAGAGCGACCAUGUGGUUCCAGUGCCCAUCAAGAUCCCCCGGCGCAAAUCGAGGACUCUUUCGAACUCAAAACCACUACCGCCAUUGUCGUUGUAA